UGACAAGGGAGAGGCAAAGCAUAAGUUUCACGCGUGUCCAAACACCGAACAUAGUUACCACCACGUCUAAACUCUAACCAUGCUCUCUUUCGCCUCCAAAUUACAGAACCACCCGCCACAGCCAAAACUUGGAUGAUUCGGCUAACUCGCCUAUUCACCCGAUUCAACUCGCCCGAGUCACCUGCCAUACUCACCACCUUGCUCCCUCUCCGCCGCCCCCAAACCGCCGUGACCUUCCCUCCUCGCAGGCAAUUCUCAACCGUCCGAAACCACCUAGUAACCACAACUUCCGCCGUCGCCGGCGGUCUUCGUCGAUCUGCCUCUCUCCGUCCGGUGAUGGACUCGCAGUCGCCGGAAAUCGAUGCGGCCGCGGGCGAAGACUUCGUCCGCAUCGAGAACGCCACCGCUGAGGAUUUGUCGGAGAGCAUUGUCCGCGUUGACGAGCCGAGGGAGAGCAACGACGCCCUAUUGACGAGCGGGGGAGCCGAGGAGGAAUCGGACUCGGAGCGUAGCACGGUUCUUCCCGAGGAGCUCACGAGGAGCCUGGUGGUGCUUUCAUGCGAAUCGUUGGCCGGGCGUGGCAUCUGCGACGUGUACCUCGUUGGAACGGCUCACGUUUCGAUGGAAUCAUGCAGAGAGGUAGAAGCCGUGAUCAGUUAUCUCAAACCGGAGGUUGUUUUCUUGGAACUAUGUUCGAGUCGAGUGGCGGUGCUUACCCCGCAGAAUUUAAAGGUGCCAACAAUAGGGGAAAUGGUAGAAAUGUGGAAGCGAAAACAGAAUGCUUUUGGGAUAUUAUAUAGCUGGUUUCUUGCCAAGGUUGCCAAUAAAUUGGAGGUUUUUCCUGGUUCUGAGUUUCGUGUGGCAUAUGAAGAAGCUAUGAAAUAUGGUGGUAGAGUGAUACUUGGUGAUCGUCCUGUGCAGGUUACACUACGAAGGACAUGGGGAAAAAUGCCGCUUUGGCAUAAGAUUAAGCUGCUCUACUCUAUGUUUUUCCAAGCGGUCUUCUUACCAAGUCCCGAGGAACUUAAUAAAAUGCUAAAGGAAAUGGAUGAUGUUGACAUGUUGACUCUUGUAAUUCAAGAGAUGAGUAAGGAGUUCCCCACUCUUAUGGAGACUCUUGUACACGAGCGAGAUCAGUACAUGUCAUCCUCAUUACUAAGAAUUGCCAGUGAGCAUAACUCAGUAGUCGCGGUUGUUGGAAAAGGGCACCUGCAAGGAAUUAAGAAGCAUUGGAAGCAGCCUGUUGCGGUGAAGGAUCUUUUGGAAGUCCCUUCAAAAAAGGCAGCUGUUUCCGGUGCAACGAUCCUUAAAUCUCUUGGUGUUGCAGUUGCUGGGGUGGCGAUAAUAUCCGGCAUCUAUAUUGCAAGCAAGAAAUGAGCACAGAUUCCAAUAGCGGAAUGGGUUUUGGAAGGGUAAUUGCCACAAUGACUUCAACAAGUACAAGUAGCAUCAGAUUUGUUAACACCAUAAUGCUUUUCCAGUGGGGCAGACAAGUCGACCGUAACAUGGUCGUAAAGUGAAAUUUAGCAUACGAGACACACCUUUGUUUUUACAGUUGGCGGGGAAAUUUGAAGCUAUUCUCAACUCUUUCGAGUCUUUGUCAGAGAGAAGUGUUUAUCUUCCUGUAGACAUACACGUUUGAAAGCUCUAGAGAAACUCCCCCUAAUGAGUUACUACUAGCACUUUUUAACGGUUGUUUUAUACGACCCCAAAUUAUGGUUACAGAAUUAAUUGGCCUUGAAUUUCUUAAAUCUGGUCAGUCAUAUUUGUAAGUUAUGUUAUUUGGUUGCUUUUUUUUUUUUUUGGC